UCCACAAUCAAUCAAAUGUCUUCAAACCCACCUUACUCUACACCCACCCAACCUACAAACUUUAACCAAUAUUGGUGCUAUCAAUGUCGUUGUAUGGUCAGAAUCUCCCCUGAUAAUAACACAUUUGAAAUUGUUUGCCCUCGAUGUUUUGGUCAUUUUGUAUCCGAAAUGAAUAUCCCAAGGCCGAGAUUGGAGUUAGAUUUAACUAAUAAUAAUAAUAAUAAUAAUGAUGACAUAUUCCUUGAGGCUCGACUUUUGGAAGCCUUGGCCCUUAUGAUAGACCCACCCAUGAGGUUACGGACCCAUGAACCUGACAACCCGUGGACCAUUCCACGACGACAAUCUAGAAGAGAUAUUGUUAUAGAAGACCCAAACUCAGUACGACAUAGAUGGGCUCGAUUGCCACGAAACUCAAGGUCUAAUGAUGAUAUGGAUAUUGAACCUGGGCCACGUGGUCGGACCAGGUCCUGGAUUAUAGUUAGACCCACGGGCCAACCACAAGGACAAUUGGGCUCUUUCCAACGAGGAGCAGAUCCAAGGAACUAUUUCUUUGGGCCAGGCUUACAAGAGCUAAUUGAGGAGCUGACGGAGAAUGACAGGCCGGGCCCACCACCAGCACCAGAAACGGCGAUUGAGGCGGUUCCAACGGUGAAAUUAACGUCAGAACACGUGUUAGAAGGGAAUGCAGAGUGUCCUGUUUGUAAGGAAGAAUUUGAGAUUGGAAGUGAAGUUAGGGAGUUAAAAUGCAAACAUGUUUAUCAUUCAGAUUGUAUUGUGCCAUGGUUAAGGAUGCAUAAUUCUUGUCCAGUUUGUAGAACAGAAUUAAGUAUUGAUCAUAAUCAAUUAGCUGAAGAAAGUGGUGGAAGUAAUACAGAAUUGUUUGGAACAGAAAGUUCUAGAACUGAAGAUGGUAGAAGGCCUAGAAGAUGCUUCAAUUGGGGAUGUUCUUGGCCUUUUCGUUCAAGAUAUUCAAGGAUUAAUCCUGUUGCUGAUCAAAAUCAUUGGACUUCCAAUGGAGCUGGUCGAUCAAGGUGGCAAUUCUGCAACAUCCUUUGACGCAUGCUUAUUCUUCACAAGGAGAACCAAAUUUGGACUAUCAAAUUAUUUCCUACAAAGGAUAUAUCUUGGAUUUUUUUUUUCUCUAUUCGAUUAGUGUUGUAUGAGGCUAAUUAAAUUAAAAUGUACUCAUCAACAUUACAAAAAAAAAUUUCCUCAAAUUCUUGGAGAAAAAAAUAUGUUAGUUUCCAUCGUAAAUCAUGUAAAUAAUACGUCGGGUUUAUAAUAAAAA